AGCGUCACUCGGUAAUCAAACCCGCGCCAGCAUCUGCACUCACAUUGACAGGUUCCUGGUCCUUUCAGUACCCCCGGAUGCGGUUAUAGAACCUAUCCCGUUUCUUGCAAGCCAAAUGGACGCCCCACAGUCCAGCAUCCACGUGAAGGCACAGCAGAAGCCAGACUGCUAUCCACCCGUCUUGCAAGAUCCGGUUAAUCAACGCAACGGGCCCAAAGUAUCGUCUCUAGGCCUCCAAUGCGAGGAAAACGGAGUCCUCCCAGACAAACCAGCCUGA